AUGUUUGAUGAUUUCUAUGAUGCUUCUGACCACCUUAAUGAGGGGGAUGGGGGUAAGGUGUAUAUCAUUGCUGCCUACGGAUAUUAUGUGUCUUCCAAGGACGCGACCUUCCUGCCCCUCCUCUUGGCCACCUCUCACUUCCUGCCCCUUCUCCUGGCCACCUCUCACUUCCUGCCCCUCCUCCUGGCCACCUCUCACUUCCUGCCCCUCCUCCUGGCCACCUCUCACUUCCUGCCCCUUCUCCUGGCCACCUCUCACUUCCUGCCCCUCCUCCUGGCCACCUCUCACUUCCUGCCCCUCCUCCUGGCCACCUCUCACUUCCUGCCCCUCCUCCUGGCCACCUCUCACUUCCUGCCCCUUCUCCUGGCCACCUCUCACUUCCUGCCCCUCCUCCUGGCCACCUCUCACUUCCUGCCUCUCCUCCUGGCCACCUCUCACUUCCUGCCCCUCCUCCUGGCCACCUCUCACUUCCUGCCCCUCCUCCUGGCCACCUCUCACUUCCUGCCCCCCCUCCUGGCCACCUCUCACUUCCUGCCCCUCCUCCUGGCCACCUCUCACUUCCUGCCCCCCCUCCUGGCCACCUCUCACUUCCUGCCCCUCCUCCUGGCCACCUCUCACUUCCUGCUCCUCCUGGCCACCUCUCACUUCCUGCCUCUCCUCCUGGCCACCUCUCACUUCCUGCCCCUCCUCCUGGCCACCUCUCACUUCCUGCCCCUCCUCCUGGCCACCUCUCACUUCCUGCCUCUCCUCCUGGCCACCUCUCACUUCCUGCCUCUCCUCCUGGCCACCUCUCACUUCCUGCCUCUCCUCCUGGCCACCUCUCACUUCCUGCCCCUCCUCCUGGCCACAGACGCGACCUUCCUGCCCCUCCUCUUGGCCACCUCUCACUUCCUGCCCCUUCUCCUGGCCACCUCUCACUUCCUGCCCCUCCUCCUGGCCACCUCUCACUUCCUGCUCCUCCUGGCCACCUCUCACUUCCUGCCUCUCCUCCUGGCCACCUCUCACUUCCUGCCCCUCCUCCUGGCCACCUCUCACUUCCUGCCCCUCCUCCUGGCCACCUCUCACUUCCUGCCCCUCCUCCUGGCCACCUCUCACUUCCUGCCCCUCCUCCUGGCCACCUCUCACUUCCUGCCCCUCCCGGCCACCUCUCACUUCCUGCUCCUCCUUCUGGCCACCUCUCACUUCCUGCCUCUCCUCCUGGCCACCUCUCACUUCCUGCCCCUCCUCCUGGCCACCUCUCACUUCCUGCCCCUCCCGGCCACCUCUCACUUCCUGCUCCUCCUUCUGGCCACCUCUCACUUCCUGCCUCUCCUUCUGGCCACCUCUCACUUCCUGCCUCUCCUCCCGGCCACCUCUCACUUCCUGCUCCUCCUUCUGGCCACCUCUCACUUCCUGCCUCUCCUCCUGGCCACCUCUCACUUCCUGCCCCUCCUGGCCACCUAG